AUGACCUUGACCAAGGGCUCCUUCACCUACUCCAGCGGGGAGGAGUACUGCGGGGAGUGGAAGGAAGGCCGCAGGCACGGCGUUGGACAGCUAACGUUUGCGGAUGGCAGCACCUACCUGGGUCACUUUGAGAACGGGCUGUUCCAUGGCUGCGGAGUGCUCACCUUCUCCGAUGGCUCCAGGUACGAGGGGGAGUUUGUGCAGGGGAAGUUCAAUGGCGUCGGAGUUUUCACGCGCUACGACUCGAUGACCUUCGAGGGCGAGUUCAAGAGCGGGCGUGUGGACGGCUUCGGGCUCCUGACCUUCCCCGACGGCUCCCAUGGGGUGCCCCGCAGCGAAGGCUUCUUUGAGAACAACAAGCUGCUGCGGCGGGAGAAGUGCCCGGCCGUGAUCCAGAGAGCUCAAAGUGCCUCCAAGUCCGCACACAACCUCCCAGCGUGA